AUGUGUUAUAAAAUUGGAUUUAUAUUAUAUCACUUUAAAUACUCUUAUGAAAUAACAUUGGGUUGUGAUAACAGACAAGUUCAUGUUGCCAUGUCAACUGUGCAAGCUUUUAUUCUUGUGAUGAUUUUUAAAUCUGAUAAAGCAAAAGAAGAUGAAGAAUUGGGUCGGUCAGAAACAUACAGAAUGAACAAUCAGCAGUGA